CCUCCUGACUCGGCUCACGUGACCAGGCGUGUUUACACCUGCCGUGAGACACAAACGGAGCAGCCUUUAGUCAAAACGAACCAAAAGCAACGUUCUCCGCAGACGUUACCGUGCGUAAGACAUUCACUGACAGCCGUUUCAGGUAACCGGGUAGGCUCUGCCAUCUGUCCACCAAGAGGGACACCUCAUCCUCAGCCACAGGCUCCAGGAAGGAAGCCCUCUUGAUGUCCAACAUGGAAGAGACAGAUGUGGAACAGGUCACCUUGGCUCUACUAGAUGCAGCCACUGAUAAAGACCCAGAGGUCCAGGAGCAGGUCAGAAAGUCCAUGUUGACUCUGGGACAACAGCAGCCUGACAGAGUUUUAGUCAUGUGUCAGGAAUAUCUGUUGAAACAUCCAAAGUUGGUUGUAAGUCACAGAGUUGUGAUUUUGAAAACCAUUGAGCUGAUUGUUGACAGCAGAAUAGAGGUGAUCAGUAACCCCAAAAUAAAAAGCAUCAUCUCUCUGGCCUCAGAUGAGAUGACACGGUCCAAGGAUAUAAUUCCUGAUUGGCAGCAGGCAGCUAGUAAUAUCUUAGUUGCAGUGGGUAACAAGCACAUCAAUGACAUCAUGGAGGAGAUACUAAGCAAAUUUCAGCCGGGGGUUCUGCCGCACUUCUUUGUGGUCCAAACGCUAGGCAACCUGUCCACUUCAAAUGUUUACGGCAUGGUUCCCUUCCUCAGUGCAAUUCUGGGCACAAUGCUACCCAUGCUGAACAUGGCCAAACAGGACAACAUGAAGUGGGUUUUUUCUUCUGCUCUGUGUCAUUUCAGCGACAGUAUCUUAGAGUAUCUGGCCAACCUGGACAAGGCUCCAGAUCCCACAGUCAGGAAAGACGCAUUCUCCAACGAAAUCUGUGUUGCUUUUGAUGUUCUUUUCAGUAACUGGUUACAGAGCAGGGAGUCUAAGGUGAGGCUGACGGUGGCUGAGGCACUGGGUUCCAUGUGCCAUCUGAUGGCCAGUGAUAAACUAGAAGAGCAGAUUCCCAAACUCCUCCCUGCCUUACUUACCCUCUACAAGAAGAACAGUGAGCACUACAUCAUUAGUAAGAGUUUGUGUCUAGUGUUGGAUGCUUCUGUCACCAUGGGCAGCAGAGUGCUGGAGACACAACUGGACAAUCUGCUCUUGGCUCUGCACCUGCAGGUGUCUGCUCCUGUUGAUUACAGUGACCCUCCAACUGUCAAGAACCACAAUGAGGUCCUUCGCUGCUUUAGCUUACUUGCAAACUCUUUUCCAGAUCGAGUAGUCAUGUUUGUCCUUCAGAAGCUGGAGAACAGUAAUGAGCGGAGCCGGAUCGGUUCCCUGACUGUCCUACGUCACCUCAUCAACUCAGCCACUUCAACUAUGGAGAAUAAGAAGCUUUUAAUUCUUGCCAGCAUCAGACAGCCGAUGGCUGACCACAGCAACAAGGUGAAGAAACGUGUGGUCCAGGUGAUCAGUGCCAUGGCUCAUCAUGGGUAUUUGGAGUUAGAGGGAGGCGAGUUACUGGUUCGCUUCAUUGUCCAGCACUGUGCCCUACUAGACACACACCAGCACGGCCAGAGGUCUAGAGAUCCAGAGGAGGUAACAAAUGAAGCCCUGAGGACGAUGUGUGAUAACACCCUUCAUCUCCUGACCACCACUGUUGGGCAACUAGCUAAUGUGCUAUGGCCCAAACUGCUGUACUACCUGACUCCUUCACAGUACAGCAACGCCACAGUUCCUCUGUGCAAGAGCCUGAUCGUGCUGGGCAGCAAGAAGAAAAAUAACCAAGAAUCUAGCUUCAACAUAGAUUUCACAGAAGAAGUAAAUCUGCCCUCUCCUCAAACACUGAUGAUCAGACUGUUGGUGAAUGCAGCAUUCCCGUUCAACAGCAGAGGACACGGUGCUCCGUCUCUGUCUCUCCUCCAUAUCCUCAAUGUCAACAUCCACCGCAAUACCAAGACGCUGUGGGAUAAAGAGAUUCCUCCACUGCUGUCAGUAUUAGAUGAGUCAAACGCAGAGAGUCUGAAUAAGAAGCAGUGGGAUGAGAAACUGCUCAAGCUGUUGUCUAAAACCCUGGCUACUAUUGACGAUGACAAGUGGGUGUGUCGUUUGGCAGCUGAGGCAACACGAUACCUUUCCACGUAUAACAGCUGUUUGGAGGAGAAGAGGUUCCUGUAUCGGUGUAUAGGAGUGACUCUCCAGCAGUGCUACAGCAAGGAGGUUGUGAAAAAGCAGCUGCAGGAGAUCCUCCUGGCAGCCCGACACAACGACGCCAUUGAAAGAGAGGGAGUCGCAAUGGGCAUUGGGCUGUGUGCCAACAGCCAUCUAGAGGGAACUCUGGCAAAGCUGGAUGAGUUUGGCAAGUCGGAUGCCUUCAAGAAGUCACCAAGCAUCUUUAACCUGCUCAAAGAGCGUAAUGAUGUCGAGGUAGAAAAGGUGAAAAGCACAUUAAUCCUUUGUUACGGCCACGUGGCUCUGAAUGCACCUCCUGACAAGAUACUGACUCGAAUAGACCACGACAUCCUGCGCUGCAUCAGUAAACACUUCAAUACAAAGGUUCUGGGAAUUAAAGUAGAGACAAAGGAUCUUACUAUGAAGCUCAGCUUGAUCCAGAGUGUUGGGCUCAUAGGCAAAGCAGUGAGCGAGUGUGUGAAGAAACAAGGCUACAUUUUCUCUCGCAAACUGGAGCUCAUUAACGUUAUGAUGGAUUUUGUUAAAGCAGAGCCACCUGAUGCAUUAAGAACUCCAGUGCGCCACCUUGUGAUGACUACUUGUGCCAACCUAAUCCCCCUGGACCCUGCCUUGACAGAGAACGAGACCUUUGACCUGCUAAAGGUUUGUUUAAAUGGUGUGUUCUUGCUACCACCUGAGGUGCACUCUCCAGAGAAAACUAAAGAAGAAGAGAUACUGGACCCAAAGCAGAAAAAGGCGUUGUACAAAGACACCAUGGCUGCUCUUCAGGACCUCUUAAAGAGUGUACUGGCCAAAGAUCCCACACCUGAUGGUCUACAGAGUGUUUUUAAGCACAUUGAAACAUGGCUGAGCUCAGGACAUGAACAUGAAAGGGAGAGAGCUGUUACUACUACUGCCAACAUACUGGCUUACUAUCUGGAUAACCUGACUGUUAAGAACAUGGUGUCGUUCCACAACCUGGGCGCUAUGCUGGGCCGCCUGGCACCACGCUGCUCAGACCCUCGUCCCGCUGUUCGUAUGGCUGCCAUCGACUGUAUAUACACCCUGCUCUGUAUACAGCUGCGAUAUGAAGGCUUUGCCUUAGAUUAUAAGGAUGAAGCUGUGGACAGUCUGUUGGCGUUUAAAGACAGACUGGAAAACCCUGAUCACUCAGUUCUAUACAAGACCUGCUCUGACCUCACCAAGGUGAUGAGUAAGAGACUUCCUCAGCAGCAGCUGUCAACGUUGGUGUUCAUGUUGUUUGAAGGGUUAGUGGACAGUCAGCCCAACUGCUGCAGAGCUGCUUCUGUCAUUCUCAACACACUGCUGAAGAACAGAGGCGGAGGACUGCAAGAGCUGGUUCCAGAGAUGCUGGAGGUGCUCCAUGUACGUCUGCAGAACAUCACAGAAGAACAGGUGAGGGUGGCAGUGGGACAGACUGUCCUGAUCCUGGCCUCUCAGCAUCUGCAGUCAGUUGUUAAUACACUGGUCAACCAGGCUCUCCCCUAUGACAGUUGGGUUUGUGAGAUGUGGGUGGCCUUGGGAGCAGAUCCCAUCGUGGCCAGUCAGAUCAUGGAGAUGGUGAUGGAGAAGCUUGCCAUCACAGCACCUUAUGUAGAAAAGAAGGAAUCAAUGAUGAAAGCAGGAACAUCAAAGCUGGCAACCAGUCAGCCGCUAGCUAUGACGUGUGGUCUCAAAGAGCUGCUAUUAAAUGGUCAGAGUCAGGAGACGGCGGUCAGCCUGUUUCCUCAGCUCUUCUCCUGUCUCACCGUCAGACUGGGAACCAGUGUUGGAGUGUCAUUGCCGAGGGACAACAGCACUAAACACGCCUCCUCGUUCCAUGUUGCUGGGGUUGCAGCUGAAGCGCUAAGAAUAUUAUUAGCAAGGGCCCAAUUAGAUGAGGUGACCAAACGACUGGACGAGGGUAAUGCCUGGGAUGCCAUGAAAGAACCGAAAACACACACCACUGGAAUUACACUGCUAGCAAGGGCCAUGGCAAAGCAUGCUGGUCCGCGGUUACCUUCCAUUAUAGAGUGUCUGUGUCCGUCCUUGAACAACAUCUAUGAAUGUCAGAGAGUCACUGUCACCGUGUUCUUUUCUGAGCUCUUGAACCACCACGUGGUGACGGAGUUGAUGUUGAUCGACGUGUUAAUGAACAACAUGAUGGAGAGGAUAUCGGAUCCCUGCUGUACCGUCCGCAUGUUUGCUGUGCGCGGCCUCGGCAACAUCGCCGUAGGAUCACCUGAAAAGGUUAAUAAAUAUGCCAAAGAGCUGCUGGCAGCGAUGAGUUCAGGCAUGGAGGAGAAGGAUGAUCCAGAUAAGUUGAUCACCUUAGAGGCGAUGUCAGGACUCUCUAAAGUUCUCCUCUACCUGGACAAGAAAAAUGUCCAUUUGUUAGUGGUCUACAUCUUCAUGAAGAUAAAACCAUUCUUGGAGAAUGAAAAUGACGAGAUCCGCUGUGCAUCCAUACAGUUGAUGGGACACUUGUCAGCAUUUGGCUCUGGAGAGCAGGUGUUCAAAGACCAGAUCCACAACGUUCUGGUCAGUCUGUUGUUGCACCUCGCUGACCCAAACCCACAUGUGGUCAAGGCGUGUAAAUAUGCUAUGCGUGUGUGCGCUCCUGUGGUGGGAUCGGAGCAGAUCACAGCCAUGUUUCAGAAUCACCUCCAUGAAGAUAAGAGCUUACACUAUGGAGAGUUCAUCAACGACCUCACCAAGUAUCUGAUCCAAGAUUUUCCUGGCAUGUUGAACUUCUACCACAUCUCAGUGAUUCAGUUCUUCAAGAGCUACUGGCCUGAGGUUCGAGGAGGAGCUGCCAUGUUUAUAGGUUUUUUGUUGGGGAAUCUUCCAGAGGAACAUUUCUCUCACCUCAACAUGGGCACCAUCACUAAAGGUCUGGUGAUGCUGCUGCAAGAUCCAGAUCCUGUGGUGAGGGUGAAGGCUGCUGAAGCCAUGGGACACUUUCACUGAAACAUACAAACUCUUUAAAAAACAAAAAAAGUCCAUCUGCACCAGUUCCACAUCCGGUCGCACCACAACACAGCAGUGUUAAUUUAGUCAUCGUCUGGACUAAAAUGUCAUUUAAUUUAGUCAUCGUCUGGACUAAAAUGUAAUUUUGUCUGUCUUAAUUCAGUCAUCAGAAUUGUUUUAGUCCACUAAAUCUCCUCUCAAUAAAUACAUCAAGAUUUACGCUGCAAGACGGUGGUUGUCUAUAAUCCAUUUAUAGAGAACAUCCAUCCGUCCUCUAGGAAUCUAUCCUAGAUUUCUACCAGUUAGCGUGAUGCCAAUUUAGACGUAAGCCGCCAAGUUGUCAUUAAAAUGCACAACACCAACACUGUCGCAUGAUGUGUCGAGGUUCUAAAAAAAAAAGGAAGCACUCAUUUUAAUGCUUCUUCAUUUCUUUGCACGUCACACUUCAUUCUCUCCGUCUCAGAUCAGUCAAGUCAUUUUUCUCCCACAGCGACUGAAACACAUCAGAGCUCGACUCAAAAAUCCUCUCAGGUAUCAGAGACCAGCGGUUUGACUGAAGAACGCGCCUGAGCCGAAUCACGUCUUGACUAUUACUUUGAAACAGAAGAAACCUCAGUGUUUAGAAUUAACAGUAAUUAUUUAAAAAUCAGUUCAACAUGCGUCAGAAUCAAAAUAAGAAACUAAAGUGUGGGAAGCAUGAAGGGAAAAACGUAACAAACUGAUUAUGCACAAAAACACCCACACGUACAGUUGAGUGCUGCUUGAAAGGAAGCAUAAAUUUGUAAUGUUAUUUUAGUGACCAAAGACAGUUGUUCCGUGAUGUUUGUCUGGAGCUCAAACCACAGACCUUUAGUCCGUUCUGUCGGAGAAAUAAAGCACACAGUCUCUGUUGUAAAGGCAUUUAAACCUAAAUAACGCCGCGUAGCUCAGUUUAAUUUCCACUGUCCAUAAACAUUUUUAAAUGCACAGAAGCACACACAUACAUUUUGGAGAGAUGAACAUGAAGUCUUGUACAGAAAUUAUAAGUUAUAGAGGUUUUCAGGUAUGUAUGCCUGCGGUGGACAGAUUAUUUAGGCUGCUUUGUCAACUCAGCCGGCAGUUUCCAAACUGGCCAAUAAAGUAUUUUUAUAAGUAUUCUGUGAGGAUUCACUGCUUGACUCCAUAUGUGAUCAAAUGACAAAUCUAAGUUUUUUUUGUUUGUUUGUUUGUUUGUUUUUGGCCAAGUUCUUAAAAUUCUUAGCCAACAAUUAUUAUUAUUAUUUUUUUAUUAUCACUGCUGCCACCACAGUGGGAGAAAAAAAAAAAAGACAGAUGCUUUCUGGAAUAACAUAUCUGAUUAGGUGCCACAAGAACGCGGUCGAUUAUCCACCAUCAGAAAUAUACCAACCAAAUGAUAAAUGGCCAUUUUAAUCAGAAGGUCUUUUGCCUUUUUUAUGUUUUACAUCACCAUUAUGUUUAUUAAUGCACUAUUUAAUAGUUUCAAUAUAAUAUUGAGGGGUAUUUGUUUUUUUUUUGUUUUUUUAAAGCAUCUCAUCCAUGCAGCCAAUCAAAAUGUGGCUUCUCAGUGUUGCUAGGUAGAACAGCCCGUUGUCUGUGCCAAAUGGUCAUUCAUAAGGUGUACAUGUAUCUGUGACUAAUGCACUUAUUGAGAUGAUGCUUUAUUUUCUUGAUGCACUUUCGUGUUGUUUCAACGCCGUUAUUCUGAUGGUAGAUGUACAGACUGCUUCAGGCUAACGCGUUGUUGCUUCUCUGCUCUUUUAUCGUGUAAAUACGUGUUUUGGGGUAUACUGUGUAGGUACUUGUAAUUUAACAUAUCUGCCCACAGGCUGAUUUACUGUUUGCAUUUCAAGUGUCACUUUAGGGAUCCAGAAUGAUUAAUUGUUGAAUUGUUUAAAGGUACAGUGCAUCCGGAAAGUAUUCACAGUGCUUCACUUUUUCCACAUUUUAUGUUACAGCCUUAUUCCAAAA